AUGUCUUCGACUGUAGCUCUCCAAGUCCUUCUCGCGCCGCAGCUGGUUUCGAUCGACCAAGCAUCAUCCCAGCAGACGGCUGUGUCUGUCAAAGCGUCUAUCCAAAAUCCCUCCAAUGAACCGAUAACUAUGCUCAAAUGGGGCACCCCUUUCGAUCCAAAAGCCGGCAUCCUGGGGGUUUUCCAAGUGCAGGAUGAGACAGAUGGUCAGGCUGUGCCACUUGACACGAUCAAGUUCUCUCGCAAGCUGCCUCCCGCCGCGGAUGACUUGCUCGAAAUCGCCCCAGAAAGCACGGUUGACACCGUGGUCACUCUCCCACCUAUGCCGCUCCAGUCAGGACAUGACUUCUCGAUCCGUGCCCAGGGGAGGUGGCAUGCAGUGUGGGAAACUCCUGUGAGUGACGUCCAUGAUGACAAACUUGAACAACUUUCAGACGCAAAACGGGGUGAUUUCGAGUCGAACGCCGUUCAAUUCAAAGUCGAAUGA